AUGGCAUCAAUAAUUCCCAAGGAUUUCUCCUUAUUAUCAACCGGCACCAUCUGGAAAACCCUAAUCCUCCUCGGCAUAAUCCUCUACCUCCUCCUCGUCCCUCUCAUCGGCACCCAGAACUCGGCCCUCACCCUCCUCGGCUGGUCCGCCACGCCCUCACCCUCCUCCCCCGCCGCCACCCGCACGAACCUCACCCACAUCGCCUUCGGCCUGAUGGGCUCGGUUCCGACAUGGCCCCACCGCCGUGCCUACCUCGAGUCCUGGUGGCGGCCCAAUGUCACCCGCGGCUACGUCUACCUGGACCGGCCCCCUCCCCCCAACCUCCUCCCGUGGCCCCCGACUGCCCCUCCCUACCGUGUCGUGGACAACCUGACGGACUACUACCGGCGGGCCCGUCCCAAGAAACCCCUGAUGCCCCGCAUGGUCCACGGUAUCCUGGAGCUCUUUCGGGAGGAGCACGACAACGUGAGGUGGGUCGUCAUGGGGGACGACGACUCGAUUUUCUUCGUGGACAACAUAGCGGACGUGCUGGCGGAGUACGACCACACCAAAUACUACUAUCUCGGGUGGCACUCGGAGACCGUGAUCUCGAACCAUUGGUUCUCGUUCGAUCAGGCGUUUGGUGGCGGGGGGAUUGUGAUGAGCUACCCGCUGGCCGAGGCUCUGGCGAGGGACAUGGACGGGUGUUUGGUCCGCUACGCGAAUAGCUCGUCGGCCGAUUUGAUCACCAUGACCUGCAUUGCGGACAUCGGGGUCAACCUCACCCCACACAAGGGGAUUCAUCAGGUGGAUUUGCACGGCGACUUUUCCGGUUACCUAUCGGCCCACCCAAAAGUGCCCCUGAUGACCUUCCACCACUUUGACGCCAUGGACCCCAUCUUCCCCAACAUGAACCGUUUCCAGUCCACGCGCCAUCUCAUGACCGCGGCCGACGCCGACCAGUCGCGCCUCCUCCAGCAGACCAUCUGCUACCACCGCCAACUCAACUGGUCCUUCUCCGUCUCCUGGGGCUACUCCGCCCAAAUCUACGAGACUCUCUUCCCACGGAGCUACCUGCAGCUUCCCAUCGAGACUUUCCACCCGUGGGCUAAGGGAAACCCGAAGCCCCCCUUUUACAUGUUCAACACGCGCCCCAGGGCCAACGACUCCUGCCUGACCCCUCACUGGUUUUUUCUCGACUCCGUCUACAAAAACGUGAGAGGCGAUGAGAUUGUCACCAGCUACGUGAGGGCUUGGCACAGGGGCCUGCCGCCUUGUCCUGCCGCCGGCAAUCACUCGGCUGAUUCUGUUAGCAAGAUCCGAGUCGUUUCCCCUGCUCUAAAGCGUCUUCAGACGGACAGAUGCGAAUGCUGUGACAUCAUGAGCGUGGACGGUGGCACGGCCGAGGUUAAAUUCAGGGAGUGUAAGCGAGAUGAGAUCAUUGCUUAG